UCGGUGUUAUUAAUGAAAUCUUUGAUCAUGAGUAAGCGGAAAAGUAUCUAAUUAAACCCUCUUCAGGAAAACUUUUCUUUGUCCCGUAUUUUUUCACACCGUUCCUUGAAAAUAUGAGCUCCAUUCAGCGAGAGGGAUCGAGAGAUUUUAUCUCAGUUUCCAUGCCGUGGAAUAAUGACGACAAAAAUGAUGACAACAGCAAGGGACGUCGACAUACCUCACUGUAUAGGAAGUGGCGAGCCAUGUCUUCUUUUCAAAGAUCGCUCAUUUUCCUGCUGUGUAUUCUUGGUUGUGUCACUUUUUUGUUGUGGCGUAAAGGACUAAUGUGGCAAAACUUUGAAACUGACAAUAUGGAUGAAACUGUAGGUCAUCAAGGUCACAAGAUUUCUGAGGAACAUUCUCCAAAGUUUAACAGAGUAAAUAAACAGGAAAUUAUUGAAAAUAAUUUGAAAGAACUGGAAGAACUCAGGAAGCAACAUGCCCUGGUAAUAAAGAAAGGGCCUCCAAAGUUGAAAAAUAGGGAUAAACCAAUUGAUGACAAUGUAGAUGAUAACAAAAACCUAAAUUCAAAUGAAGAUACAAAUCAGGGGGAGAUUCAUGGUGAUACAGGUGUACAUACUGAGGAUAAGCUGCCCAGUGAUGUUGGAGCAGACACUGCUGGCGAUGGUGAAGCAAAUCCUGUAGAAAAUAAUGAGAAUUUUGCUCUGAACAUAAAUGGAGUUAACAUACUUCCAUUAGAUAAACAAAGUCAGCGUCAAAAGAAGGUUGUAGAAGCAUUUAGACAUGCCUGGGAGGGUUAUAAAAAAUAUGCAUGGGGUCAUGAUGAAUUGCGUCCCAUUUCCAGAUCGCAUAGUGAAUGGUUUGGUAUUGGGCUGACAAUUAUUGAUUCACUGGAUACCAUGUUGUUAAUGAACCUGCGUGAAGAGUUUCAACAGGCUCGUGAAUGGGUAGCCAACAGCUUGACCUUUGAGAAAAAUGUUGAUGUGAAUUUGUUUGAGACAACAAUCCGUGUUCUUGGAGGACUCCUGAGUGCAUACCAUUUGUCACGAGAUGACCUGUUUUUGAGAAAAGCAAUUGAUUUGGGGGAUCGCCUCCUGCCAGCUUUUCACUCGCGAUCAAACAUUCCAUAUUCCGAUGUGAAUCUGCUGACUCGUACAGCUCAUCCUCCUCGCUGGGGUCCAGACAGCUCAGUGUCUGAGGUUACCACCAUACAGCUGGAGUUCCGAGAUCUCAGUUAUACCACUGGGGAUGUAAAAUACAAGAGUGCAGUAGAUACAGUAAUGAGUCACAUUCAUGCCCUUCCAAAGCGGGCAGGCUUAGUACCAAUCUUUGUGAAUGCAGAUACAGGCAAGUUCCGACCUGGUUCAACAAUUACCUUGGGUGCUCGGGGUGACAGUUACUAUGAGUAUCUUCUGAAGCAGUGGCUACAGAGUGGGAAAACAGAAAAUUGGCUUCGAGAUGACUUUGUAGAUUCCAUGGAUGGAGUCAUGUCUCUUUUGAGGAGAGAAUCAGAACCAAGCAAGCUGGUGUACAUUGGUGAACUUCUGCAUGGCUCAACAUUCAGCCCUAAGAUGGACCAUUUGGUGUGUUUUCUGCCAGGAACAUUAAUGUUAGCUGUCCAGAAUGGCCUGGACAAAAAAUACGAACAAUUUGCAAAGGAUCUGUUGGAGACAUGUGUUCAGAUGUAUAAACGUAUGCCGACUGGAUUGAGUGCUGAACUGGUUUACUUUAACCAAGGGCCUUCCAAACAUGAAGAUAUUCAAGUUAGGCCAUUAGAUGCCCAUUGUUUGCUGCGACCAGAAACUGUAGAAUCAUUAUUUAUUCUCUAUCGUCUAACGAAAGACAAGAAAUACCAGGAUUAUGGCUGGUCCAUAUUCCAAGCCAUCGAGCAACAUGCCAAGAUAAGCACUGGAGGAUAUUCGUCGUUGAACAGUGUCAAAGACACAAAGUUGGGAUUCAGAGACAAAAUGGAAAGUUUCUUCCUUGGGGAGACUCUAAAGUAUUUAUUCCUAUUAUUUAGUGAUGUGGACAUGGUGCCUCUUGAUAAGUUUGUAUUUAAUACAGAAGCACACCUAUUGCCUAUAAGGAAAUCCUAGCCAAUGGAACUUUAGGUAUAAUACUAUCAAGGUAACAGAAGCCUUUUUUUUUUUUUUGGCCAGUCGCGCGUAAAGUGGGCGGCCGGGCUGAAAAUUGUAGUACAGAAUCUGGGCGCUAGGAUAGCGAAAAAACGUCCCCACGCGAAAGGUGCAAUGGGUUACAUGCUUAAAGGGCUACACAGAUAAUGGAAAAGGAAUAGCAUAUCUCGCUCGGGUUUUCCGCACGUACGUGCUCCACGGGCUAGGGAAAAUCACAGGGUGCAGGUUUCCUUGACAUUUAGUGGUUGUAGCUCUAAGUCCCAAUUUUUUUGCCUUUCAUCUCUUAAAGAAAGGUCGUCACGCGCGGGUAAUCGCGCUUCAUUGAUAACACACAUGACAUAAGUUUUAAACUUUCAAAUUCUGAGCAGUGGACCACGGAUAAAGGCUUUUAUAGCAAACCUUCUAUAGCGAAAUCUUUAGUUUAUCUUGGAGAUGAACCAUUGCACAAUGCAAUCCCUUUGAAAAUGGCCUCAAUUCUGACUUCUACGGUGACACAAUAGCGAAUAACUUCGGCAAAUACUUCAUUUCAAACAGAAUUCAGAUAAAGGGAUUUCAACCCUCGUGAUGCAGCAGAGAAUAUAAACUGAUAUUCUCUUGAUAUGAAGUUAUUCCGUUUCGUUUCUAAGCAAGUUGUUGUAACACAUCUUCGGCUUGCAAGUGGAAAUUGAAAUCAGCUAUCAACACGCAGUUUAGAGAAGUUUUCAAUUGAAUGUCGAAAUGCCAAAAACCUAUUGGUCGCAACGGCCAAUCAGAACGAACUUGACUAUAUUAUUAGCCAAUGAGAGCCCAAAGGAAAGACUAGCAAACUGCUAAAGGGGCGGGAAAACGCGGCGACCAGUUUGCAUCUGAUUAGCUUAGGGGUAUAUAACGCAGAUUUUCUCGACCGAACGGAGCGCGGCAAUGCAAAACCAAUGUGAUCCUGGCUUACUUUCGACACUCAUUGAAAACUUGACGUUCUUAACGGUGGACACUGUCCAAAUAAAGGAUUACCAUGCAACAGUAACUCUGUAAACGUAAGCUUUUACCAAUUCGAUAACAUGGUUAACUUAUCUUUACUAAUUUCGUGUUGAUAAUAUACUGAAUGCAGCCCUUAAAAAGAACCAAUAGAAUAUAAUGGUACUUAUUCCUCAAUUCCUUCACAUUUUGUCACGAAGGGACUCCACUGCAGAUGAUAUUUUAUAACGUUUGAAAAUAUUGUGUUUAUUUAAUUUUGAACAUGUUAAAGGCUGCACAAUGGAAA